UUUAAACAUUAUUUUCAUAUCCGAACAAAUACCAAACAAAAGGAUGAUGAGAUUUGAUAUGUUCGUUUUUUCCCUUUAAUAGAACCAAACACGUAUUGUUAAUGUAUGCAUUUCAUCGAUCAGAAACAAAUACAAAAAAGUUAACCAAAGAAACAAACAUUAAAUCUCAAUACCAAAACGAUCAUUGCCAAUCUAAACCAUAAUCAUAUUUCCUUCGAAUCUCCACACCUAUUGAGGCCCAUGACCGAGGUUAGGGCUCGAAAUCUAGAGGAGGGUUCAAGGGAUAGUUUGAGAACGAUGACCAAAACACAAAUUUAGUACGAGCGCGAACAAAUGAUGAUAUACUUCUGGGUUCUUUUAAGCCUUCAGUAAUAUACUUGUGAGUUCAUAUAAGUUGUAAAGAGUUAAAAGACAAAUGAAAGGAGACUGAAGCCAACAAUAAAAUCAAAAUGAACCAAUGAAAAAUGAGAUCAAUCUAACCACAACCACAAAUUUUAUUGUAGGUUUACUGAUGAAAUAAAUUAUUACUGACACCCACCUAAAUUUUACAACGUCCAACAAAGGGGAGUGGCUUCCGCGUAAAAGCACUCAGCCGCUCCGCAACCAUUCCUCUUCCUCCAUUCCAUUUUCUCCUACCCCAUCAAACGCAGCUUCUGAUCAUGGCUUCGUCCCCCGCCGCCCCAAUGUUUCUCCGGCGGCGGACGCAAGCUCCACGCCCCGCUGCUCCGGCCCCAUUACCCGGAGAUUCAUCCGAUGAUGACGGCGAAUACGACGACCUGUGCUGCGAGGAAUGCGGAUCCGGUGACUCACCGGCUGAGCUGCUUCUCUGCGACAAAUGUGACAGAGGAUACCACCUGUUUUGCUUGAGACCCAUUCUCGUUUCCGUCCCAAAAGGCUCCUGGUUCUGCCCUUCUUGCUCUAACCAGAAGAAGGUCAAAUCAUUUCCUCUGGUCCAGACCAAAAUUGUCGACUUCUUUCGCAUCCAGAAGCCUUCAAAACCAAGAAAGAAACCAGUUGAGGACAGCACAAAGAAGCGGAAAAGAGCGGGAAGUUUAGUCAUGUCCAAAAAGAGAAGGAAGCUAUUGCCUUUCAAUCCAAGUGAGGACCCUGACAGAAGGUUGGAACAGAUGAGAUCACUUGCCACAGCAUUGCUAGCCUCUGGAACAAGGUUUUCUGAUGAUCUUACUUACCGAAGAGGCAUGGCACCUCGGUCUGCAAACCGAGCAUCUCUUGAGAAGGCAGGAAUGCAGGUCUUGUCAAAGGAAGACACCCAAACCUUAAAUCUGUGCAAGAGAAUGAUGGAUAGAGGAGAAUGCCCACCACUUAUGGUCGUUUUAGAUCCUCUGGAAGGGUUCACAGUGGAGGCAGAUAGAUUCAUCAAAGACUUGACCAUUGUCACGGAGUACGUUGGUGAUGUUGACUACUUGGAGAAACGUGAAGACGAUGACGGGGACAGCAUGAUGACACUGCUCUCGGCUGCUGACCCUGCCAAAAGCCUCGUCGUUUGCCCUUAUAAGCACGGAAAUGUAGCUCGAUUCAUCAAUGGAAUCAACAAUCAUACCCCGGAGGGGAAAAGGAAGCAGAACUUGAAAUGUGUGAGGUACGAUGUUGAUGGCGAGUGUCGAGUUUUGCUGAUUGCGAACAGAGAUAUACCAAAGGGAGAAAGGCUAUACUACGAUUAUAACGGGUAUGAGCAUGAGUAUCCAACCGAGCACUUUGUUUAGAGUCUGCUGGCAGUCUAACAAGCUAACUAUAUAGAGCAUCCGUCGUCCUUCGCUGCACCUUGCAUUCUUGGUAAACAGGAGUUUGAAAGAGAGGGGGGGAAAACUUGAUCAUCCUCCUGUUCUAGUGUAGUCACCAAAUUUUUGCAGCUGCAUUGUUCUUCACUAGAGUUGAUCACAUUCACAGGAUCUCACAAAGUUGUGAUGUAUACUUUUUGAACUAUCAUUCUUGAAAAAUCUCUAUAUUGAAGCCAUUUCACAUAGCAUUCAGUUGAGUGAUUGCCGCAUUUGGAUUGCCAGCCCUUGCCUUGAUAGUUGAUACUGUUUGGGGUCAGGGAAUCAUUAAGCUCCAACUGUUAGUUUUGUGAUUCUCGUCAAGGAAAGAUUACAAAAGCAAGAGCACAAAACUCUCCAUAGGAAAGCUUGUUGAGUGUUCUUAGUUGGGCCAUGAGAGGUUAGAUACAGGCCUCAGCUUAGUAUAGUUGGACUAGGGACAAUUGUGCCAGCGUUUCAAGGAUGGCCCAGGUUUGCCAUUUGUUCGUUUAUCUUCAACAAAGGUGAGGUGAGGUUUCAGGAUCAAAUGAAUCACAAAAGAUGAAAUGAGCAGAGUUCUCUAUUUCUGCCAUCCUUUCUCUGCUAGAUCUCUCAUUAUCCAUAAUGGUUUCCUGGUGAGGUUUGACGAGAGACCCCUCCACUGAAACAAAGGUAAACCCUAAUCGCCACAACGAGAAAUGGUUCGAAGUAAGAAUCACUUAAACUACAAUGUGUGUGUGUGUUUCAAUGGCUGAUGAGACUUGGACAGUGCAAUAGUUACAUGCAAGAAAGGCACUAGCAGCAGGCAGCAGGUACUGUAUCAGUUGGCAUUGCAUGCCGAAUCAAAACUACAUAUAAAAAGACUGUCAGAACCACAACAACACAACACAAACUUUCCUGCAAAGAAAAGCUCAGAGAGAAGAGAAGAGAAGAGAGUAGUAGAGUUGUUGACAAACGAACACACACCAUUUUGGACCAUCCUACUCUCUGAAUUCUCUGCUGCAUGCCCAGUAUAGUACCUUCAAAGCAAAACCCAAAAGAUUAAUGAGACUCAGAUAGGGUGGUCCAUUAUCAAGCUCCCUACCAUAACCAAAAACUUGUAGCUGGGGGCCCAAAAGUUAUUUAGAGAGAGAGAAGAGAGAGAGAGAGAGUAUAGCUGUGAGAUUCAUAUCAAAUGGACCACUGAUGAUGAUGAUAAUUGGAGUUUAUAGCAUUUUGCUAACAUGCUGAUAUCGUCGAAUAUCACUCGUCUCUCUCACGAUCACUGACUCGAUAUAUGCUUUUUUUCUAUUUUACGAAAAUUGUACGAGUGCACGUUCCAAUAAAAAAAAAGAUACAGUGAAACGUUCAGAUUUUUUUCCGCAUUGCACAAUGUCCAUCACCGAACCGAUACACAGCGUUUGUGUUCUUUUUACAAGACGUACGGUCGCUUCGUUCCUGCAAUGGACUGACAAGAUUGUAUACGCACAUGCAUCCAGGAUUCACAUGACUGUACAGUAUCAGCUCGCGUCGACGACGCGCCUACCUUUAGCAUACUACCUAGAUUGGAGGUUACAUAUAGGAGGAGUGGGGGCAAUGCAGCAAAGAGAGAUGAUAGCCAAUUGCAGGCCCGUGCUGCCAUCCCCCCAAACCUCUCUGGCUCUGCCCUCCACAAGGGCAAGUGGUCCUAUAAUCCCCUGUUUUGUUAUGCAUUAACCAAAGAGAAGGAAAAAAAGAGAUGGGGAAAAAAAAUGGACCCUAAAGUUUGUGUACUUGUAAUUGGGUGGUGCAACGGUCCAGCCCACCACCAGCACCAGUGAAGAGAGACUUUAAUGCAGCAACCAGCAGACACUAAUGGAAAUCAGUUACCACUUACCAGCUUGAUGGUGGUGAUGAUGAAUGAGAUAUGGUCGUUUUGGUAUCUCUAUAGAGAUGAAACGACCGUCCAAAAAGCUCUCUCAGAUCCCAAGGAAAAGGGCAGUAAGGUUGUUCGUCUCAGUGUUUUCCUGCUGCUGGCCGGCUGUAACUAACUGCAGCUGCACAGAGAUCAGAUCAGAUCAGAUCCAGAUUUGGGAUGAAUGAAUAUGAUGAAGAAACCACUCAUUAACAAAAACACAGCAAAUUGUAUCAUUGUUUUGGGGAGGGGAGGGGAUCUUUUCUGUUUUAGCACACAAUGUGACAGUUUUGGUGUACCUUACCUUACCUUUACCACACCCGGCCAUCAUUCGAUACAGCGUUGGCUGCUUUGGUUCACUCACUACUUCAUAAUAAUAAUCUGAUUAAAGACGUCAUAGUUAUCAAAUUUAUCAUGUGAUAACUAGCUAUCUCGUACUGUAUUGGCGGUUCGACCAUAAAGAUUUUGAGAAGAGUUGCACUAUUCUGUAGUGAAUUUUUGGAGAUCACCUCAAGAACCCAUGUUUGAAAGGCAGAGGAAGAGUGAUAAAAGGUAAAAGGAGGAGAUGGAGAAAGCUUCUUGAUUUGGUGCAUUUCAAGGUUCAAUGGAACAAGGGAAAAAAAACCAAUCAACAGAGAGUUGCAGCAGCUGCUGCUGUGAAGUAUGGAGACCCACCAGCUUUGCUUGCUUGCAGCUAGCACAGCUUGUUUGGUGGAAUAUUGUCUCCUUCCUUCCUUAUCACCCUCACACACAAGAACAACUUUUGUAUGUCAAUCCAGUUGAAGCAGAUGGUUAUACAUAAUGUAUUGUUAAUCGAGCCGUUUCGGUCGAUUGGCGGUUCAAACCAAUCCUUUUCAUUCAGAUUCCUGACUCAGUCACUAAUUAGCCAUUUUAAACCAAGUUUUGUGCUAGUUUCGGGUGCAUUUGCGGCACAUUAUAUAAUGUGCCAAUAAGUUCCAACAAAAGAAGUUAGUGGGCGGCAACAACUAAAACACUUUGAUCAAGAAAGAUAAAUCGCCCUUAAUUCUACCUAAUGUAGCUAGCUAAGCUAACUAAUAAGAUCUUGAACGUACAUUGUAUCAAUGGAAAGUCAACUUCAAGUCCUUUUUUUUUAUAAAUUUGAUCCAACCAACGCAUAUAUAUGCUAUACAUGCAUUGCAUGGAUUCGUGCUUGUACCCACAGGUUGUAAGAUCUUUCAUUAGAUUAAUUAAUUUAUUACACAUGGGUGAUCAUGCUCGCGACCACCGAUAUUUUUCAUGAACGCAGAUGAUGAUCAAUGUCGACUAUAUGCAGGUCAUUUCGUCGUGACGGAUAUAGUUGACAUUUCAGUUGCAAAAAAAAAGAGAGAGAGAGAAGAGAGAACAAAACGCUUGAACCCUCAACGCCAAUUGUUGAUGAGUUCGGCUGCCUACCUUACCACGACAUCAACUUAGUAGAUCAAUACUGCCCGUGUGGCUCGAGAGAACUUAUACAUGUUGUCCAAAUUGUAGGAUUUUUUAUUCCCAACGGCAAUGCCCGCGUUUGCUAUGUACGAUGUAAAAUUUUGUCGAGCCAUGUUAAAUCCUGGAGCCCCUCAACUUUCAAGUUUCAAAUGCGUGUAAAAUUUGUAACAAAUUCGGAAAAAAUAAUAAUUAGUAAGGCUCUAGCGCCCCUCCCCAAUGAGCAUAUGCAUGGUUCAAAUUCCUCCACCUCAUCAAUUAGUUUUCUAGCCUUCUCGGUCAGAUUUUUUUACUCCGCCACACUUGUUGAUCGAUUCGAGCUGAGUUCGAGUGUACUACCAUCGUGCUUUCUUUAAGUUCAAUUUAGUGUAAUUAAUAUCCGAGUAUUGGUCCCCCUAGCUCACCAAUUGAUGUCUUGUGCAUUGGCGCAAUUGAAUACGUAUGUGAGUACGUAUGUAGCUUGUAAAACACGGAUCACCAUGCAUGCAUAAGUAGAUGGAUAAUUAGCCAAGAAAAAUAGGAAACAUAAUUAAAUUGAUUAAAUUAGGUUUGACUAACCCAUGAACAGCAACAACUUCCCAAAUUCGGUUAAUGUGCAUUCUUAAUUAUUUUAAUGAUGUCGGUAACCACCAAUUUGACCCAUACCUUCAAACCAGUAUACUAUGAAAUACACUAUUCAUGAACUUUGACUAGAGAUCAUGGCCCCAAAAAUAUCCACACAAAAAAAUUAGAAACCAGAAAUAGGUCCUAAUAAUUUAGAAUGUUUGAGAUGGUGAUGAAAUGGUUCCGAUGUGAAGUUGACAACCUGACUUUUUCAACUGAGUCGCGUAUGAAGAAUGAGCAGACAUGGAGACAUAUAGUCGAAGUCGAUCGCUGGGAAAGAGAAGUCGAACUUAUAACUUCUUUCCUAGACAUGCGAACUCGUUUUACGAAAGAAAACUAACUCCGGCGAGAGGCGAGCCCGAAGAAGAAGAAGUUAUGAAGGGGAGAGGGGGGUUGCCGACCCAACCUAUUGUCACCUAUAGGGGGAUUACAGACUAGCUCUCUUUUCAUGUUCAUCGAACUAAAUCUUACCGUCGUCGCAAAACUUUGAUUUCCACACUUUAUGUUCUUCUUUGUAACUUGUUUUCAACUAAAUACGAAAUGGAACGAAUCCUAUCUCGCAUUAUAAAGAACCUUAUAUUCGAUUUUUUCGCGCAUAUGUCCAAAAAAACUAUCUUCUUUACCGACUUUAAGCAUAUCACAAAACUAUAAAAACACUCGUAUUUCGGAUUCUUUCAAAACCCUCAAAUUUAGAGACUUAAUAUACACACUAACCACUAUAUAAAAACACUCUUGAUCACUUGCAUAACAAUUCACACAUCAAUGAUCGAUUCCACAAAGCAAAACCUUAAUUUAUACAUAAUGAGUUUCGACAAAAGAACAAAACUUUGAUUUUGCCCCCCUCGUGUACCUCCAAAGAUGAGUAAUAAUUAUGUCUUGUUAAUGCUGCUCUUAAGCUUUGGGAGAGUGGGCGGUUUUGUAAAGGGACAAUCAUUAGGCGAGUUAAUCACAGAAAAUUAGGCACUAAAGUUUGAAUUGUUAGCUAAUAUGGAAACAAAUGGUUAACUUUUCUUAGUGCCCCUUUUUUCACUUUGACCUUUUCAGAGUUCUUUUGUAUUGUCACAGUGAGGACAUGAACCUAACUAAACCUGACUCAGUUGGUUGGUCCUUUGAGCUCAAAGUAUUUUGGGACAGUAGCAAAUUGAAAAAUGUUUGAUUUGAUUUCAAAUUCUUAUGAGCACGGAAUUUUGUAUAAAGCGUGGGAAUCAGAAAAAAUAUGGGUAUGAGAUUUUCGAUUCUUAUAUAUGUGAAAUCUGAAUAGUUGUCACGUACCAAUUUUCGGAAUACUUUUUCGGCAAGUCAUAGAUGGAGUUUUAAGCUAAAUGAUGCAUGGUGUGGAAUUUUGAUCCAAGUAGAACCAUUUUUUUCAUGACACAAAUGUUAAUUUUCCCCCAUUCUAGAACAAUAUUCCUCUAGCUCGAGACUAUGAAGAGGAAUCUUCAAAAGAACAUGGCCUUCAAUAAUUCUUUCCUCUUUUUUUUUUUUUCCAUUAUCAAACAAAUUAUUCUCUUCUCAUUCAUUUCUUAGUUGGGAUGCCUUCAUUUGUAAUAUGAUGUGGUUGCUGAAUAUUACAGCUAAUAUAUAUUCCAUGAUCAAGUUUCUAUGUUUCUUAGUAAGAAACUUUUUAGUAAUGAUUACCGUGUUGACCAACUAAUAAUCCAUUCUCGCAAACAAACAAAAGAUUUUCUCUCCGAAGAUCUGGAUAGAACACUCAGCACAAAAAAGUUAAUUAGGCAUGACGAUCUAACACUUAUAUGACAUAUCAUUAACACUACGACAUAUUGACGACUCACACCUAAAUUCCCCCCCCCCCCCCUCACAAAGCUGCUCCAAAAUUGGCUUGGUUCCAAGAUGUAGAACUAUUAGUACCGUGUCCAAAUUGCACAAUAAUUCUUGCUAAGAAGAAUGCCCAUGUUACAAAGGAUGGAUGAUUGUUUAUAGCAUUGGAGUAGUACUCUUAGUAACAGCUCGAAACUCAUGAUUGGCACGAUAUGAUAAAGAAUUUCUCCAUACUUUCCCAUAUACUAAAAAUCUUCCUACGCUCAACAUCGACAAGACCAACAAGACGAUUAUGCGGCGACUUUCAGAGCAUCUAAAAAAGAGUAGCUUUUUUCAUGUAUGAUGAUAGGGUCCAAAUUCAAAUCAUUAUAAUCACUCGUGAUCCCAUUAAAAAAAUUGUUAACUACUUCAUCUAGACGCGGAAAACAAAGAAUUAACGAAACUCCUGCUCAUCAUCAUCUCAAAUAGGAAACAAUCCUCUUCUCAUUUUAUUUCUUUACACUAUUUCGAAUUGUUUUUUUUUUAGUUUUGUCGAACGAUCGUUAUCACUCAAUAGAAACUCGCCCAAAAUUAAAAAGUUUUAGGAUUAUAUAGGUACCUAUAGCUAAUUAACUACUUCAUAAAAGAGCAAAAAUAUGAGUAUGGAUGACACUUGUUGGGUGGCUAUGUGAGUGUGUGUCACUGUAUUGUAAGAACCCCGCAGAGAGAAGUAAUUUACUCAUAUGCCCCUUCCCCUUCAAAAUCUCGUUUCUCGGUCCAUCCGUUCACGAAUAUCAAGGAAAAUAAUAAUAUUAAUGAUAAGCAAAUAAUAAUUUAUAAGUAAAAAAAUACAUUAUUCCUUUUCUUGUUCGCCCUUCGGCUUCGGGGGGAAAUCAGGAAAAUCCAUUUUAUUUUCCAGUUAUUAAAUCUUUAUUUUUAAAUGAUAAAAUACAUAUAUAUGUCUUCUGGAGUUUGUGGUGGUAACUGGGAAAAUUCUAUUUAUACAAACCCCACUCCCUUCCUUCCCUUCUUUCUUCUUCUUCUUCUUCUUCUUGUUGAAGGGGUUUCUCUUUGUUUGUUAUUAUAUAAAGCCUCUCGUUUUUAUCAUUGCAGUGGAUUUUCUCUUUGCUUUCUCCAGAGGCACGAGGAGGGAGACAGAGCUGAAAAGGAAUUCUAAUGGAUGCUUCGAUCUACGCCUUCUUCAGUCUCCAAUAUAUCUCGUUGGAAACCUGAUAUUACCCAUGUAAGAAAACUUGCAAACAUAUCAUUUUCUUUCCCAUUAGGAAUUUCCAACUCAUCUCUGUCUAUCUGCUUAUUGAAUUGAGUUCCUGACUCGGUGCUCCCAUCUUUUUUGCUUUUACUGUUAUUGGGUUCGAUUCUCUGGUUGUUCUUUUGAACGGGUUUCUCGAAAUGCAGUCAUGUGAUCUCUCUAAUUCUCGUUAAUGGGGUAACUUGUUUCUGUGUUUGUGGCGUUCUUUUUGUGGGAGGGGGGGCUUAGCUGGGGUUUGCAUAUUGGCGUUGUUUAUGGAAAAAGGAUAAUGAAAGCGUUUUUUUGUGGAAUUGGAAGGAAGAUAGGUUCAAUGGGCUGGAGGAGGAAGAUAUGGGGAUUCAUGUUGGAUCUCGUGAUGUGUAGUUUAUUAGUUAUAUUGUCACUCCGUCCAUGUUCUUUUAAUUCUUAAUAAACCCCUCUCUGUUUUGCUGCCAAAAGAAAAAAAAAAACCACCCUUGAGUUCUGUGUUGUUCUUCACAUCUAUCUACUCCUUGUUUUACUGAUGGUAUUUUGUUCUCAUUUCUAUUCUUCUCAGCUCCUUGGGAUUGCUUCUUCUGGUGUGGAUUUCGAUGGUGGUGGCAGGUUAACUGGGACCUUCAAAAGCUGUUUUCUUUGAUGGGUUGAACUCAAGCAGGGUAGCAAUGGGCAGCUUGAGUGAGGAAGAAUUCCGGUUUUUCGAUGCUGCUGAUGAUAUUGCAUCGACAAUCUCUGGUGGCAGUAGUGACAUCUUUGAUUGCCAGCAGAGUUUGGGAGAUAUCAAUUCAGCUGCCUCUAGCCCUCGUUAUGCAUUGUGGGCCGACGCCCCCAAAAGUGUGGAGGAACGACGAAACAUGUUUUUGAAGUGGAUGGAAGUUGAAGGUUCAUGCCCAGAUGGAGAUUUGCCCAGUCCAGGAGGAAGCGGGAUUAAUAGAAUGAUUGAAAGUAGUGGGGCUGUGUUGAGGAACUCUUGUUAUGAAGGCGAGUUUUGUUCGACAAGGUCUUCAAGUGCCAUUCUUCUGGAGGAGUUGGGCUCGGCUCAAGAGUUCGUAGGUAGAGAUGGGAAUUCAGGUGGAGGGCUGGCUUCUAUUGUAGAUGAAAGUCAUGACCUUUAUUCACCAUAUUUAGCAAGAGCUAGGGAAUGUAGUAGUAAAGCUUCUGGCUCAUCGCCUCCUUCACUUCUUCAGCUUCAGCCGAACUGUGAGAGAUCCAAUGAUAGUAGCACAAUCAGCAGCACAGCUUCCAAGACAGAUAAAAAACGGUGGUUGAG